UGCACUGUCCACACGACCUCUCGCUUGUCUGUCUCCUGAGUAGACCAGUCAUGUCAUGGCCCUGGUAUGGCACUUGGCAAAGGCGCUGUAUUCCCUAGGCGUGCCCGCCCUUUGGCUGGCCAUCCUGGUUCAUUCAGGCUCACAAGGGGUUGCAAAAAGCUGAACGGGCUAUGUGAGGAACUGCCUGCUUUCUCUAACACUUAUAGCAGCUUGUGAGUGAAUUCCGGUAUUCCCGAGUUCCUCAAGGAGCUGACGUGAACCCGCAAAUAUCACCCACCUUCAAGGAUGCGUCUCACGGCUGGCAGUACCACGCAGUUUGCAGGCUGGCUGGCACUCUGCACGCUCGUUCUGCUGGGCUCCUGCGACGGCUGUCCCGUUGUGUGUCACUGCACCCGCAAAGCCAGUGCCAAGCGGUCGGUGGUCAGCUGCCAUAAGAGGGGUCUGACCACGUUCCCCAGUCGCCUGCCCCGGGACACCUGGAUCAUUAAAAUGGGUGAAAAUAUUUUGCAAGACCUCCCAGCAAAUGUCUUGAAACCAUUUCCAAAGAUUGAAAGCAUCAAUUUGGAGCGCAACUCCAUCAAAUCCAUUCAUCCACAAGCCUUCACUGGAGGCAGGAAGCUGAUCUUGCUUAACUUGUAUGGGAAUAAAAUCAACAAGCUUCCCAUGAAGGGAUUCCAGGACCUCCUGAAUCUACGCUUUCUGAUGCUUGGGCAGAACCAAAUUUCCACCAUCAGACCAGAAAUGUUUUCAGGCAUGAAGAACCUGUCAGACCUGGACAUGCCGGCAAAUGCCCUCACAGCCCUGCCGGCCAAUGGCUUCAAGCCCCUUGUGGCCCUCAAGGUUCUGGACCUCACCCUGAACCAGAUACACAAGCUGUCACCCAAGUCGUUCGUCGGCCUACAGCAGCUGCUCUUCUUGAACCUGGACAGUAACCGCUUGAAGACCAUCCCUCACGGGGUUUUCCAGCCUCUGGAAGCACUGCAGACGUUGGUGCUAGAUAACAACUUGCUACGUACCAUAAGUGUCUCUGCGCUGGACGGCUUGUCCACCCUGAAGGAGCUGUACCUGAGGAACAAUGAGAUUGAGAUGUUACCGGGCAGCCUCUUCAGACAAACCCCACAGCUCUCCCAGCUGGCCUUGAGUGGGAAUCGGCUGGUGGCUUUAGAUGUUGCAUUGCUGGCCGAACUGCCAGAGCUCAGAGAGGCAUACCUGCAUGGCAACCCGUGGCACUGUGACUGUGGCAUCGCAGCCUUGGUGCACUGGAUCUCGCGGGGCCGCGCCAGUGGGGCGCCAACGGGGGCCCCAAAAUGUGCAGCCCCUGCGGCUCUCAGGGGCCGGGCCCUCAGCAGACUGCCUGCAGAUGCCCUGAAGUGCAGGGCUUGAGCAAAAAAACUUGGAGCAGAGGUAACCAAGUUCUCAGUUCCCAAAAGACUCCAGGGCCAGGAAUUCCUGCCACUCCAGAACAGCGUGUCAGGAGAAGGUCCACAGCUCAAUACAACCAUGAAGGACCUUCCAAGAAAUUAACAUA